AUCGCUGCUGGCUGUCAUAAAAGCUGUGUUUUGUGUCUCACUUCAUGGCUGGUGACUGUGGUUUGGGCUGCCUAAAGAUGUCUGGUCGAGGAAAGAAAUCUUCUCGCAAACCAAAAACUGCAAUAUCUCGCUCUGUCAGGGCAGGAGUUACUUUCCCAGUGGGCCGUAUCCACAGGCUGCUCAAAAGGGGUCAAUACGCGAAGAGAAUCGGCCCCGGUGCUGCAGUGUAUCUUGCAGCCGUCAUGGAGUACCUCUGUGCUGAGCUCCUGGAGUUGGCCGGGAGAGCCAGCCAUGACAACAAAAGGCAGCGCAUUACUCCACGUCACAUCCUGUUGGCCGUGAAGAACGACGAGGAGCUCGACCAACUGCUGGCAGGAGUCAUGAUCUCAGAAGGUGGCGUGCUCCCAAACAUCCAGUCGAGCCUGCUCCCAAAGAAGACCAUGGUUCCAAAGGAAGGUGGCUCUGUUAAGUCCCAAGAGUUUUAACUGAGGAGCUGAACCAAAUGCUGGCAGGAGCCCCAACYGCAGAUGGUGUCACGCUCCCAAACAUCCAGCUGAGGUUUCAAAGGAAGAGGGUUCUUUAAAAAAUGUCCAGUCCCAAGAGGGUCUUUAAAUUUAGCAUAUUAWGGGUUUAUAUUUAAUAAAGCUUUAUUUUUUGUAA